AUGUGUUGCCCUGACCUCCCUCCAUCUUUGCCUUUCGCCCGCCUGUCCCUCUUCAACUUGGACCCGCUGCCAGUCAUCCUCGGGGACACAUCCGACCCAUCGGCCAUCCUGCCCUUCGGCUUGGAUGCCGAUGUGCUGAUUCACGAAUCGACCGGCCUGGCGAGCUCCGAGCGACUGCUCCUGUCUCGCGGGCACUCUUCGGCUGCCAUGGCUGGGGCGUUCGCGCAAAAGCUGCGUGCUCGGAACUUGCUCCUGAACCACUUCAGCCCACGGGCGCUGCUGGGAGAUAAUGCAAACUCCAAGAAGGAUAUGUCUCUCUCCCCGAGCCAGCAGUAUAUCCAAGAAGCGAAGAAGCAUGCCCCGUCCGUGCAGGUCUUCUGCUCGAUGGACUUCGACCGGUACCUGCUGAACAUCCCCGAAGCUGGAGAGUCGGCGGACGACCGCCGCGCGGGCUUUGCCCAGCUCUUCCGCACGAUCAACCACUUCCGUGUGAGCCGCGUCCACCGAGUCAAGCCAUCCCCGCAGUCGGAGUCCGGCUUGCCGGACAUCGCGAAGGACGAACUUUCCCUUGGGCUGAAUGUGAGCCUGCGAAUGCAUCAGUACUGCCUGGAGAACCUGGAGUGUCUGACAUACUUCAAGGCGUCCGAGUCGCUUGAGCGUCUGAUGCUCGCCAAGCAGCAGCUCCAAGGCCUGCCUCAGGCACAGGAGCCCGGUCCUCUGAAGGAGGUCAUCGACGUCCUGGAGGAGGAGCUUUCCAACUUGCGCGAUCGAGUGAACCUGACAAUGCCCCCGAUGGCCGAGAGCCUGGAGGAAGAUUCGACCGGGUACCUGGACACGCUGGAGGAGGACAUGCCGGAGCCCGCGGUGGCCACCGGCAACAGCGCCUAA